AUGUCUCAAGAUAGAAUUUUGUUAGAUUUAAAUGCAGUUAACCAAAGGUUAGUCCUUUUCAACUCUAUUUUUCCUUCUGAUGCUAUCGAAAAACCAUUUAUCUUUAGCACUAAGGAAUCAACAUUGGAAAAUUUAGACAGAUUAGCAAGAACUAUACUGCAUAGCCGUUCUGUCGCCGGUCAUGUUUUCCUUUACAAACACAUUCUUUUGGAAAUAAUCGCACGUUGGACAACAAGCUCUAAGAAAGAUGAAUAUGUUCUUGUGAUUGAAAAAUUAGCAAUUAUCAUUACAAUAUUUCCCUUUGGAAUGUCAUUAAUCGAGGAUUACUUAGACAAAGAGAAUGACCAUUUCAUUACUAUUCUUCAAAACCCCUCUUCACAGAAGGAUUCUGACUUGUUUACUAUUUUAUUAGCAUACUAUAGAUUACUAUAUCACAAUAAAGAAGUAUUUGCACGCUUCAUUCAACCCGAUGUUUUAUAUCAACUUGUGGAUUUAUUCGCCAAAGACCAAAAAAAUCAUGUUAUCACAUUUCUAGCACUGAAAGUUUUAUCUUCAUACUUAGACAUGGGAGAAAAAGCCAUUAACGAUAUGCUAGAUACUUACAUUAAAUCACACGAUAAACUACUGACCUGUUUUGAAGGCGACUCUGAAGUUGAUUACAAUUUUCUCGAAUUGAAUGAAGCUAAAAGAUUCGCUAAUUUUUCAAAACUACCCAGUGUUCCAGAAUGUUUUACUAUUGAUGAAAGCAAUCCCUACUUUAUAAUUGGGCCCCAGGAUUUAAACACUAAAGUCACGUCAAUUUGUGGUGUUAUCGUCCCUAAAGUCCACACUAUCCACGAUAACGUAUCCUACCCUUUAACUUUUGUUCCUACUCAAAAGACGGUCUGUUCUCUUCGUCAACUCGGAAGAACAAUUCAAAACUCAACGCCACUUAUGCUUAUUGGGAAAGCGGGAUCUGGUAAGACCUUUUUAAUCAAUGAGCUAAGUAAAUACAUGGGCUGUCACGACUCUCUUGUAAAAAUACAUCUAGGUGAACAAACUGAUGCCAAGUUACUGAUUGGUACUUACACUUCUGGUGACAAACCAGGCACUUUUGAAUGGAGAGCUGGUGUUUUGGCUACCGCCGUUAAAGAAGGAAGAUGGGUACUCAUAGAAGAUAUAGAUAAAGCCCCUACGGAUGUUUUAUCAAUUCUUUUAUCACUUUUAGAAAAGCGUGAAUUAACCAUUCCGUCCAGAGGAGAGACGGUAAAAGCUGCGAAUGGUUUCCAAUUAAUAUCAACCGUGAGAAUCAAUGAAAAUCAUUCAAAGGAAAAUUCUAAUAGGAGUUAUAACUUAAAUAUGAUUGGAAUGAGAAUUUGGAAUGUUGUUGAAUUAGAGGAACCAAGCGAAGAGGAUUUGGCACAUAUUUUAGCUCAAAAAUUUCCAAUCCUAACAAAUCUUAUCCCUAAACUAAUCAAUUCCUACAAAAGCGUCAAAAGUAUCUAUUUAAACACGAAGUUUAUUUCGUUGAACAAAGGUGCACAUACGAGAAUUGUGUCGGUAAGGGACUUGAUCAAACUAUGCGGAAGAUUAGACGCUCUAUUCAAAAGCAAUGAUAUCAAAAAACCAGAUCAGCUGAUUGAGGCUUCUGUUUACGACAGCAUUUUCUCUGAGGCUGCUGAUUGUUUCGCCGGCGCUCUUGGAGAAUUCAAAGCCUUGGAGCCUAUUAUAAAAGCAAUUGGUGAAUCACUAGACAUUGCUUCCUCAAGGAUUUCUUUAUUUUUAACGCAACAUGUACCCACUCUGGAGAACUUUAGUGAUAACAUAAAAAUAGGAAGAGCGCUAUUACCCAAGGAAAGGCUAAAUAUACAAAAGAAAUCAGUAAACAGCACGUCAUUUGCGUUUACCAAUCACUCCCUAAGAUUGAUGGAACAGAUUUCUGUUUGCAUAAAGAUGACUGAGCCUGUUUUACUUGUUGGUGAGACAGGUACCGGUAAAACAACGGUUGUUCAACAACUUGCUAAGAUGUUAGCAAAGACGUUAACAGUAAUCAAUGUUUCACAACAGACAGAAACUGGCGAUCUUCUUGGUGGGUAUAAACCUGUAAAUUCUAAGACUGUGGCGGUUCCUAUACAGGAAGUCUUUGAAACUCUUUUUAAUGCCACAUUCUCCUUGAAAAAGAAUGAGAAAUUUCAUAAGAUGCUACAUAAAUGCUUCAACAAAAAUCAAUGGAAGAAUGUCGUUAGGCUUUGGAACGAAGCCUACAAAAUGGCCCAAAGCAUACUGAAAACUACAGAAUCCGAUGGUAAGGACGAAAAUACAAAUAAGAAGAAAAGAAGACUUAACAAUUAUGAAAAAAAACUGUUGCUUGAUAGAUGGAAAGAUUUCAAAGACUCGGUUAAGAAAUUCGAGGCACAAUCUAGCUCUAUCGAGAACUCAUUUGUUUUCAAUUUUGUUGAGGGUUCACUGGUUAAAGCUAUUAGAGCCGGGGAAUGGCUAUUACUCGAUGAGGUGAACCUGGCUACUGCAGAUACCUUGGAAAGCAUUUCAGAUCUUCUUACCGAGCCUAACUCCCGUAGUAUUCUUCUUUCAGAAAAGGGUGAUGCUGAGCCUAUAAAAGCUCAUCCUGAUUUCAGGAUAUUUGCUUGUAUGAACCCUGCUACUGACGUUGGUAAAAGAGAUUUACCUAUGGGUAUCAGGUCAAGAUUUACCGAAAUAUAUGUCCAUUCUCCAGAACGUGACAUUACUGAUUUGCUUUCCAUCAUUGACAAAUAUAUUGGAAAAUACAGCGUCAGUGAUGAAUGGGUAGGUAAUGAUAUUGCUGAGCUAUACCUCGAGGCCAAAAAGCUCGCAGAAAACAAUAUAAUUGUCGAUGGUUCGAAUCAAAAACCUCAUUUUAGUAUUCGUACUUUAACACGGACAUUGCUUUAUGUUACUGAUAUCAUUCAUAUCUACGGUCUUCGCCGUUCCCUCUACGAUGGAUUUUGCAUGAGUUUUCUCACUUUGCUUGACCAAAAAUCUGAGACUGUUCUGGAGCCACUAAUAGGAAAAUUCACUUUAGGAAGGCUGAAAAAUAUCAAGUCUAUCAUGUCACAGACCCCUCCCUCUCCAGGACCAGACUAUGUUCAAUUCAAACAUUACUGGAUGAAAAAAGGUCCAAAUGAAAUUCAAGAACAAGCCCACUAUAUUAUUACACCUUUUGUUGAGAAAAAUAUGAUGAAUUUAGUUAGAGCCACAUCAGGAAAAAGAUUCCCUGUACUUAUCCAAGGUCCAACGUCAUCGGGUAAGACCAGUAUGAUCAAAUAUCUUGCGGAUAUAACUGGCCAUAAGUUUGUCCGUAUAAAUAACCACGAGCACACUGAUUUACAGGAAUAUUUAGGUACCUAUGUUACUGAUGAUGCCGGAAAGCUGUCUUUUAAGGAGGGUGUCUUGGUUGAGGCACUACGAAAAGGGUAUUGGAUUGUUUUAGAUGAAUUAAAUCUUGCUCCAACAGAUGUUUUAGAAGCCUUGAAUAGGUUACUUGAUGACAACAGAGAACUUUUUAUUCCAGAAACACAAGAGGUUGUACAUCCCCAUCCUGAUUUUCUUCUUUUUGCUACCCAAAACCCGCCCGGAAUAUACGGUGGUCGUAAGAUCCUUUCAAGAGCUUUCAGAAAUCGUUUCUUGGAAUUGCAUUUCGACGAUAUUCCGCAAGAUGAAUUGGAAAUUAUCCUACGUGAACGUUGCCAGAUUGCCCCAUCGUACGCAAAAAAGAUUGUUGAAGUAUAUCGCCAAUUGUCCAUUGAACGUUCAGCUUCAAGAUUAUUUGAACAGAAGAAUAGUUUUGCUACGUUACGUGACCUUUUCCGUUGGGCUUUGAGAGACGCAGUUGGCUAUGAGCAACUUGCUGCUAGCGGUUACAUGCUUUUAGCAGAAAGAUGCAGGAGUCCACAAGAAAAAGUUACUGUCAAAAAAAUUCUAGAGAAAGUGAUGAAAGUCAAUUUAAAUAUGGAUCAAUAUUAUGAAAGUCUAGAGGAUGCAUCUUUGGGAGCGAUUGACUCUGUAACUUGGACAAAGGGAAUGCGUCGACUAUCCGUUUUAGUUUCUAGUUGCCUGAAAAACAAGGAGCCAGUGCUACUAGUAGGUGAAACUGGAUGUGGUAAAACAACAAUUUGCCAAAUACUGGCGCAAUUCAUGGGUCGGGAAUUGAUUACACUAAAUGCCCACCAAAACACAGAAACUGGAGACAUCUUAGGUGCUCAAAGACCUGUUCGUAAUAGAUCUGAAAUCCAACAUAAAUUGACAGAAUGUCUAAGAUCUGUCUUGAAUGUUGGUGAUGACAAAGAGAUAGAUCUGCAAGAGUUAUUACAGCUUUAUUCUAAAUUGGAUGAUAAGGAUAUACCAAAGGAGGCUCGGAUGAAAAUAAAAAAGUUAAGAGAUAACUUGAAUGUCUUAUUUGAAUGGAGUGAUGGUCCUCUAAUCCAAGCCAUGAAGACUGGAAACUUCUUCUUACUAGAUGAAAUAUCUCUAGCAGACGAUUCCGUUCUGGAAAGGCUAAAUAGUGUCCUAGAGCCAGAAAGAAGUUUAUUAUUGGCAGAACAGGGUUCAUCUGAUAGCCUUGUAACAGCUUCGGAGAACUUUCAAUUUUUUGCAACCAUGAAUCCUGGUGGAGAUUAUGGUAAAAAAGAACUAUCCCCAGCGUUAAGAAAUAGAUUUACAGAAAUAUGGGUACCAUCUAUGGAAGAUUUUAAUGAUGUAAACAUGAUUGUAUCGUCCAAACUUUCUGAGGAUUUAAAAGAUCUGGCUAAUCCAAUUGUAAAAUUUUCUGAGUGGUUUGGUAAGAGGUUGGGAGGAGGAAAUGCAGCAAGUGGUGUCAUAUCUUUACGUGACAUACUUGCUUGGGUUGAAUUUAUUAACAAAGUAUUUCCCAAAAACAAAAAUAAGUCAACUGUACUAAUUCAAGGUGCCUCAAUGGUUUUUAUUGAUGCUCUCGGUACAAAUAACACUGCCUACUUGGCUGAAAAUGAAAAUGACCUAAAAUCGCUUCGAUCAGAAUGUGUUGUUCAGCUACUAAAAUUAUGUGACAACAGCGUGGGAUUACAGCAUGUGGAAACUAACAACAUUAUAGUUACUCAAGAUGAUUUACAAGUCGGAAUGUUCAAGAUACCAAGAUUGUCAGGUAGUCAAUCUUCAUCCUUCAACCUAACUGCCCCUACCACUGCUUCUAACUUAGUAAAAGUUGUUCGGGCUAUGCAAGUCCAUAAGCCAAUUUUACUUGAAGGUAGUCCAGGUGUAGGUAAAACAAGUUUAAUCACUGCUCUUGCCAACAUUACGGGAAAUAAGCUUACAAGAAUCAAUUUGUCUGAGCAAACAGAUUUAGUGGAUCUCUUCGGUGCAGACUCUCCCGGUGAAAGAACUGGUGAGUUUUUAUGGCAUGACGCUCCGUUUUUAAGAGCAAUGAAGAAAGGUGAGUGGGUUCUAUUAGAUGAAAUGAACCUGGCCUCCCAAUCUGUCCUAGAAGGAUUGAAUGCCUGUUUGGAUCAUAGAGGUGAGGCAUAUAUCCCUGAAUUGGACAUUUCGUUUUCUUGUCAUCCUAACUUCCUCGUCUUUGCCGCUCAAAAUCCUCAAUACCAAGGUGGUGGUAGAAAGGGUCUUCCUAAAUCUUUUGUUAACCGUUUCAGCGUGGUAUUUAUUGAUAUGCUUACGUCUGAUGAUCUACUCUUGAUUGCCAAGCACUUAUAUCCAAAUGUUGAACCUGAUGUUAUUACCAAAAUGAUAAAGUUGAUGUCCGCCUUAGAAGAACAAGUCUGUAAAAAGAAACUCUGGGGUAAUUCUGGUUCGCCAUGGGAAUUCAAUUUAAGAGAUACCCUGCGUUGGUUAAAAUUACUAAGUCAGUACUCGAUUUGCGACGAUGUUGACGUGUUUGACUUUGUCAAUAUCAUAGUUAAGCAGAGAUUCCGUACUAGCAGUGACAAGGAUAAGGCGCAACUUCUUAUUGAAGAUAUUUUUGGAAAGUUCUUGACUAAACGGGAUUAUUUCAAACUUACGGAAGAGUAUAUACAAAUUAACAACGAAGUUGCCCUAAGAAAUCCUCACUACCGCUAUCCAAUUACCCAAAACCUUUUUCCAUUGGAGUGUAAUGUAGCCGUUUAUGAAUCUGUUUUGAAAGCAAUCAACAAUAAUUGGCCGCUGGUGCUUGUUGGUCCCUCCAACUCAGGUAAAACCGAAAUCAUAAGACUUUUGGCCUCACUAUUAGGUCCCAGAGUGGAUGUAUUUUCCAUGAAUAGUGAUAUUGAUAGCAUGGACAUUCUUGGUGGAUACGAACAAGUUGAUUUGACUAGAAAAAUAUCGUACAUUACUGAAGACCUGACAAAUGUCGUAAGAGAAAUCGUAUCAAUAAAUAUGAAAUUGUCACCAAAUGUUACGGCAAUCAUGGAAGGCCUAAAUUUAUUAAACUAUAUGCUCAAUAAUAUUGUUACGCCUGAGAAUUUUCAAGGAUUCACUGGCCGUUUUAACAAGUUUUUCUCACACUUAGAAGGACAUUCAUCAUUGAAAAAGAUUAGCCAAGAUAUUGAAAAAAUGUCAGAAAUCCUUUCUAAAGAAGCUUCAGUUAAAUUUGAAUGGUUCGAUGGUAUGUUGGUGAAAGCAGUCGAAAAAGGUCACUGGCUGAUUUUGGAUAAUGCUAAUCUUUGUUCUCCCUCUGUCCUUGAUAGAUUGAACUCUUUGUUAGAAACAGAUGGGUCACUGCUUAUCAAUGAAUGCAGCCAAGCCGAUGGUCAACCAAGGGUUUUGAAGCCUCAUCCUGAUUUUAGAUUAUUUUUGACCAUGGAUCCAAAAUAUGGGGAAUUAUCCCGUGCUAUGAGGAAUAGAGGUGUGGAGAUUUAUAUCGACGAACUGCAAAGUCGUUCUACUACGUUUGAUCGCUUCGCCUUGGGAUUUGAACUCGAAGAGAUAAAUAUCGACUUUCUUUCUAUAGAUGAUGGAAUCAAAAAGAUGAAGUUAAAUGAAUCAAAAAUUCCAAUACCAUUAAAAAACUUUGUCCCAUCUUAUUUGAGCAGACCAUGCGUAUUUUCCCAAGUACACGAUGUUCUAUUAUUAUCAGAUGAGGAUCCACUCGAAGAAUCACUCGCUGCUCUUGUUCCGAUUUCCAGUUUGGGAGAAGUUUGUAAAUGGACUAAUAAUGUUUUGAAUUGCAUGGAAUAUUCAGAGAAGAGUAUUGCAGAGAAACUUCAUGUUUUCAUAACCUUUUUGGCUGAUAUGGGUAUUAUAGAAAAAAUAAACAAAUUGUACACUCCUGCAAAUCAAAAGCUGCAAGGGGCAUUAGGGUUACAGGAGAGGAAACUGACCGAAGAAACUGUCUUGGUAACCUUGAACGAGUACAUUAUUCCGACAAUUAGUAAACUUUCUGAUAACAUCAAAUCUCCAGAGCCGCUAUAUUUAUUAUCGACUUUACGUCUGUUACUCAAUACUUUGAACGCCCUGAAAUUAAUUAAUACGAAAUCAUCAUGUGGUAAAAUUGACGAACUGACGUACAUUGAAUCAUCUGCAGCUGCAUUCAAUGGUCGCUAUCUGAAAAAUACACCUCGCAUUCCAAUAUUUUCCAUCCUGUACAACAUUGCAACGGUAGUAUCUGACAGCGUUAAGAAAGAAAGUUUAUUUUGCAGUUCUUAUAAAUUCCAGCGUUAUUGGGAUUUGCUAGUAAUUGUAAGUUCUGCAUUAGAAACGGCUACUACGAAAGAUGAAGCACGGCUAAGAGUAUAUAAGGAGUUGAUAGACAACUGGAUUGCAUCCGCGAAUAUUAAAUCGGAUAUUGAGAUGGAUCCAUUCAUUAACAUCAAUUCAGAUUUUACUGACGUUUUACACUUGUCAAGGGGUCACUCUAUAACUCUACUAUGGGAUACAUUCAGGAAAAAGUAUCCAACAACUUCCAACAGUUGGUUAGCUUUCGAAAGAUUGGUUGAUUUAUCCAACAAGUUUGACAAAGUACGCCUGCUCCAAUUUUCUGAAUCAUAUAAUUCUAUUCAAGAUCUAAUGGUCAUUUUUCGGCUCCUACUUGAGGAUGUGUUGAAUAAUAAUUUAGGUGAGUUUGACCUUUUAGUAUCCAAGUUAGAAAACGGUAUAAGUGAGUUGGAGUUAAUUUCUGAUAAAUUCUUAAACAAAAGAAAACAUUAUUUUGCUAGCGAAUUUGACAAUUUAAUAAGGUAUACCUUUUCAAUUGACACUGUUGAGCUAAUAAAAGACCUUGCACCUGCUUCUUCCUUAGCAACAAAAAAACUUACAAAACUUGUAAUUAACGAAUACUGUUAUCCGCCUGUUUUCGAUAUCCUUUGGGAAGAACACAAUGCUAAGUUUACUUCUUUUACUUCUUCUAUAUUUUCUUCCAAAUUUCUCCAAGAUGUUGUUCGUAAAUCCAAUGAUUUGAAAACAUUUUCCGGAAAUCAAAUCAAGCAAUCUAUUAGUGAUGCUGAGCUACUAUUAUCUUCCACCAUCAAGUGUUCACCUAAUUUACUAAGGAGUCAAGUUAAACGCUAUAAAGAUAUGUUGUUAACAUGGAUUAGGAGCAUUGUUGACAUUCACGCUGGCAGAGACUGUUCUGAAUUAAGUUUGGAAAAGAUUUCUUUUAUUUUACAAGAAAAAACUGUUCCAGAGACAUAUGCAACUUUUGUAGAGUACAUUCUUCCCGCUUUAGAAUUGACUGAUAGCUUAAGUUCACUAGAAGCAUUAGGAGAGGCUUGGGUAUUGUUUGGUACAGGAUUACUUCUGUUAUUUGUUCCUGAUUCUCCCUAUGAUCCAGCAAUACAUGAUUACGUUUUGUAUGACUUAUUCGUCAAGAGUAAAACCUUUUCUCAGGAUUUAGUUGAGAAUUGGAAAAAUGUUCGUAAAGUGACAAGUGGUGAUAAGAAGAUUUACACAGAAGAACUCAUUAACGUUAUAAGCGAUGAUGGUGCACCUCAAGCUCCUAGAGUCUAUCGUACAAAUAUAUCUAUUGACUGCUUAUUUGACGAAUGGAUGGCAUUUUUAACGUCAACUAUGAGCUCGCAACAAAUAAAAGAGCUAAUGGGUGCUUAUAGUUGCAAUUCUGAUCAAUCAGAUUGUAGAUUAGAAAUGCUUCAACAAAAUAGCGCUCAUUUCUUAAAUCGUCUCGAAAGCGGUUACACAAAAUUUGCCGAUUUAAACGAAAUACUUGCCGGAUACAUUUAUAGUGUAAACUUUGGCUUUGAUUUAUUGAAACUACAAAAGUCCAAAGACAGGGCAACAUUUCAGGUAUCUCCUUUAUGGAGUAUGGAUCCUAUCAAUAUUUCAAGCACGGAAAGUGUUUCGAGCACUUAUUAUGAACUCUCAAAAUUCUUCAAGAAGAAUACUGUUGAAAAUAGUUCAGUAGAAAAGAUUCUACUGUACUUCUUGACUCUAUUUAAGUUCCAUAAGAGUGACGCAAUACUACUGGAAGUUUUCAAGGCUACUUUGUAUACUUUGUAUUCAAGGUGGUCUUUGAGACGUCUCAGACAAGAACAACAGGAAAAUGAAAAGUCAAGUAUGUUCAAGUUCAACGACAAUUCAGACGAUUAUGAUGCAGACUUCAAGAACCUAUUUCCAGAUUAUGAGGACACUGUUUUGAUAGCUGAUGAGAAAGACACUUCCAGUCCUGAAAAUCUAGAUGAGAUUUAUUUCCAGCUUGCUAACACCUAUGUUUCGAUCUUUGACAAAAACUAUGACACGAACUUUUCUUCUGAAUUGAAAAAUGGUGCAAUUAUGACGACCAUUUUUAGUGAAGAGUUAGAAAAUGCUGGAAUAGAAGAGUUAAAGAGUGGAACGUUAUCAGCCGUGAUCAAUAGGCUUGAUGAAGAAAUACACUUCUUCAAAACUCAAGAAGAUUUCAGUAGCAUUGAUUUUUACCACGAUUUUUCUAUUCCUGAGUUUCAAAAAGCAAGUGACAUCAUUGAAACUGUGCUAAAGUCUGUCUUGAAAUUGUUACAGCAGUGGCCAGAACAUGCCACUCUAAAUGAAUUAUAUCGAGUUUCUCAAGAAUUCUUAAACUAUCCAGCACAAACACCCUUGGCAAGACAGCUACAGAAGAUUGAGCAAAUAUACACCUUCUUAGCUGAAUGGGAAAAAUACGCAUCUUCCGAGGUAUCUUUAAAUAACACCAUAAAAAUGAUUACGGAUUUGAUAGUUUCAUGGAGAAAGCUGGAACUACGUACCUGGAAGGGUCUUUUCAACUCAGAAGACGAAAAGAUUAGAAAAUCCAUUGGAAAGUGGUGGUUUUAUCUGUACGAAUCAAUUAUUAUUUCAAAUUUUCAUAGCGAUGAAAAGGAAGUUGCCGCUAACACUACUCUUUUGGUUAGUUCUCUGAACCUAUUUUUUAGUAAGAGCACUUUGGGCGAAUUUACCGCCAGACUGGAUCUUGUAAAGGCAUUCUAUGAACACAUCCAACUAAUUGGGCUCAAGGGCUCAAAGAUAGAAAGUUUGCUCCACAACACCCUAAAAUUCUAUCAUCAGUUCAAACCGUUGAUCGAUGAACGUAUUACCAAUGGGAGAAAGGGUCUCGAAAAGGAAAUUGACGAUAUAAUCCUUUUAGCUAGUUGGAAAGAUGUUAAUGUUGAUGCUUUGAAACAAAGUUCUCGUAAAUCUCAUAAUAACCUUUACAAAAUUGUUAGAAAAUAUCGUGAUUUAUUAAGCGGUGAUGUGAAAAGCAUUAUUGAGACUGGUCUUAUGUAUUCCAAGGAAAAUAAGUUGAAACUUCCUGCUUUGAGACAGCAUAUUUAUGAAGACUCCAAGUUGGAGUCUUCUAAAGAUUUAGUCAAAAAUAUUUCCAGUUGGAGUACAAGACCUGCCCCAUUGAGAAAUAUUGACGUGGUAACAAGUAACAUGGACUCUUACUUAAAAAAGAUAUCAUCGCAGGAAUUCCCUAACUUUGCGGAUUUAGCGUCCGAAUUUUACGCUGAGGCUGAGAGGUUACGUAAGGAGACACCAGGCGUAUAUACUAAGGAGAACAAGAAGAGGUUGGCAUAUUUAAAAACUCAGAAAAGUAAAGUUUUAGGCGAUGCCUUGAAAGAAUUGAGAAGGAUCGGUUUGAAGGCCAAUUUCAGAGAAGAUAUUCAAAAAGUUCAGUCCUCUACCACAACAAUUUUGGCAAAUAUUGCUUCCUUCAAUGACAAAUAUUUGAAUUCUGCGGACGCAUUCUUUUUCAGAAUCCUAGACCUUUUGCCUAAACUGAGAAACGCUGUAUCAAGCCCAAGUGAUGACAUUCCUAUAGCUGCUAUAGAAAGAGGUAUGGCGCUUGCUCAGAGCUUGAUAUUUUCCUUAAUUACAGUACGUCACCCUCUAUCAGAGUUUACUAAUGAUUACUCUAGUGUUAGCGAUAUGAUAUUAGAUCUAGAAUCUUUUACUCGCUCAAAGGGCGAGAUUGUUCAUAGCUCUUUGAAAACAAAUAUAGAUAAUAUCAGAUUGUUUGAAAAAUGGCUGCCUUCUUUACUAGAUUAUGCAGCACAAACCUUGUCUGUUAUUUCCAAAUAUUCGAAGACUUCUGAGCAGCAAACAGUCUUAUUAGACGCAAAAUCCACAUUAUCAUCAUUCUUUUUGCAUUUUAGUGCUAGCCGAGUUUUUGAUUCUUCGUUUAUCGAGUUACAUUCGAGUUUUGAGACAUUUAUUAAUGAACUAUUAAAGAAGCUUGAAAAGGCAAAGGAGGCAGGAAACGCCUUUGUUUUUGACAUCAUCAUCGAAUGGAUCAAGACAAACAAAGGUGGUCCUAUUAAAAACGAACAAAAAGAAGGUCCUUCAGUAGAAGAGAUUGAACAAGCUUUCCGCAGUAUAUUCACUUCCAUUAUACUAUCCUUCCAAAAGAUAAUUGGGGAUGGUUUUGAAUCUAUAUCCGAAAGUGAUGAUAAAUGGUUAUCUACUAGCUUCAAGAAAAUAAUGGUAAACGUAAAACUGUUACGAUCCGGUCUUGUUUCUAAAAAUAUAGGAGCUGCAUUAUCUUUGUUGAAGAACUUCGAUUUUUCCACUACGAAAUCAGUUUACAUUAAGUCAAUCAUUUCGUUCACACUGCCAGUCAUAACGCAUUAUUACAAUGCAAUGACUAUUGUACUUGAUAAAUCAAGAACAUACUACACAAACACAAGCCAUGGUACCUAUAUUUUAUCGACAAUAUUGUAUAGCUUAGCCAAAAAUGGCUUCUGUUCUCCGGAGCCGCCAUCUGAAGAAAUUGACGACAAGAACUUGCAAGAUGGUACAGGCUUAGGAGAUGGUGAAGGUGCUCAAAAUAACAACAAGGACGUCGAACAAGAUGAGGAUUUGACAGAAGAUGCACAGAACGAAAAUAAAGAUCAACAAAACAAAGAUGAGAGAGAUGAGGAGGACGAAGAUGAUGCCGUUGAAAUGGAGGGUGAUAUGGCCGGGGAAUUAGAAGAUUUGUCCAAUGGUGAAGAUGAAAACGAAAAUGAAAAUUCUGAUGAAGAAGAAGAAGAAUUGGAUGAAGAAAUUGACGACUUGAACGAGGAUGAUCCCAACGCGAUUGAUGAUAAAAUGUGGGAUGAAAAGGCAAGUGAAAAUUCAAAGGAAAAAGAUACAGAUCAAAAUUUAGAUGGAAAAGACCAAAAAGAAGAUGUGCAAGCUGCUGAGAAUGAUGAACAACAACAAGAAAAUAAGGAAGAGGGAAAAGAAAACUCAAAUACCCCUGACGAUGGUGACGAGGAAAUUGAAAACGACGAAGAUGCAGAAGAAGAAAACGACGUUGGUGAACAAGAGGAUGAAGUAAAGGAUGAACAGGGCGACGAUUUAGAGGCCAAUGUUCCCGAAAUUGAAACUCUUGACCUACCUGAAGACAUGAAUUUAGAUUCAGAGCGAGAGGAGUCAGAUGAAGAUGCUGAUAUGUCAGAUGAAAUGCCUGGUGAUUUAGAUGAACAAGAGGCUGAAAAUGAAAAUAAAGAAAUCGAACAAGAAGCCGAUAACGAAGAUAAUGACGAUGAGCCAGGUUCUGAUAUAAAUGCAGAAGAAGAAGAAACUGUUUCUAAUGACGAGAAAGAUGCUGAAAUGGAUGUAGAUAUGGCUGAUGGUGAGGAAAGAGAGAAUGAAGAGAAUGUACCAGAGGAUCAGAACAUGUCGGACGAAGAAGAUUUAAAACAAGAUGAUAGCAUGGAAGAAAACAAAGAGAAAGGAGGUGAGCAAAAUGCAGAAGGACUUGACGGUAUUGAGGAAAAGGCUGAUGUGGAAGAAAUCGACCAAGAAGCCGCUGUUCAACAAGAUUCUGGAUCUAAAGGAGCUGGAGCUGAUGCCAAGGACACACAAGAACAAGAAGAUGUAGGAGGUUCAGGAACUACUGAGAAUACCUAUGAAGAAGACCAAGAAGAUUCGACAAAGAAAAAUGAAGAGUCACGCGAAGAAGCCACAGCAGCUUUAAAGCAACUAGGUGACAGUCUGAAAGAAUAUCAUAGGCGUCGUCAAGAUAUAAAAGAGGCACCAACGAAUGGCGAAGAAGAUGACAACCUUGAGAAAAACAAUGAGCGUCCAGACGAAUUUGAACAUGUUGAAGGCGCGAAUACCGAGACAGACACACAAGCUUUAGGUUCUGCAACACAAGAUCAAUUACAAACCAUUGAUGAAGACAUGGCCAUUGAUGAUGAUAGGGAAGAGCAAGAAGUGGACCAAAAUGAGCUGGUAGAAAACGUUGAUGAAAAAAUGGAUAUUGAUGAAGAAGAUAUGCUAUCUGAUGCUGACGAACUUGAGGCCAACAAAGACAACGAAAGUAAAAAGUCAGGGUUUAUUGGUGAGAGAAGAGGGGAACAAGAUUCUGAGAAUAAACUUACAAAGGAACAUCUUUUGGAAGAUCAGGAGGAUGAAGAUGAACUACAAGCCUUUACUGAAAAUACUGAAGAAAGCACAUACGAUGAAAGCGCUAGUUUAUCACCAGAAAGAUCAUUAGAGGAAUCCCGCGAAUUAUGGCAUAAGAGCGAAGUCUCGACCGCAGAUUUAGUAUCACGGCUUGGUGAACAAUUGAGGUUGAUCUUGGAGCCCACAUUAGCCACAAAACUGAAAGGUGAUUACAAAACUGGUAAAAGACUGAAUAUGAAGCGAAUUAUUCCGUAUAUUGCCUCCCAGUUCCGCAAAGACAAAAUCUGGUUGAGAAGAACUAAACCAAGCAAACGCCAAUAUCAAAUCAUGGUUGCUCUUGAUGAUUCCAAAUCAAUGAGUGAAUCUAAAUGUGUUAAACUCGCUUUUGAUAGUUUAUGCUUGGUCUCCAAGACAUUGACCCAACUCGAAGCUGGAGGAUUGUCUAUUGUCAAAUUUGGUGAAAAUGCUAAAGAAGUCCAUUCAUUUGACCAACAGUUUAGUAGUGAAUCAGGAGCAAGAGCGUUUCAAUGGUUCGGUUUCCAAGAAACCAAAACUGACGUUAAAAAACUUGUUGCAGAAUCCAUUAAAAUUUUUGAACGCGCUCGUGCAAUGGUUCAUAAUGACCAAUGGCAACUAGAGAUUGUAAUUUCCGAUGGUAUUUGUGAAGAUCAUGAAACAAUACAAAAAUUGGUUCGUCGCGCAAGGGAAAAUAAAAUUAUGUUGGUUUUUGUUAUCAUAGACGGUAUUACUUCGAAUGAAUCUAUUUUAGACAUGAGUCAAGUGAAUUACAUCCCAGAUCAAUUUGGCAACCCACAAUUAAAGAUAACCAAAUACUUGGAUACAUUCCCCUUUGAAUUUUAUGUUGUUGUACAUGAUAUCAGUGAACUACCUGAAAUGCUUUCAUUAAUUUUGCGCCAAUACUUUACCGACAUGGCGUCUAGCUGA